CCUCCAUUAGAAUUCGGACCGAUCGAUUUCUCCGCUUUCGAUUUGCCUUGUUUUUGUAAACUCCUUUCGGUGUUUACAAUUUGCCCUGCCUCAGCCUGUAACCUGAUCCUCUUUGUUUCGGCUCUGGCUCCAAAUUAUUCCAUUCGGGUUUUCUUACAAAUUUCGUUAUCAUCUAAAUCCGUGGAGAUAAUCAAAGAAGAUCCGACAUUUCCAUAACCUUAACAAUUCUUAGCGAAUAAACCCCCCAAAAAAGCAGAGGAAAGGUUGUUUCAGAUAAAUCGAAUUACAACAAUAUGCGUCCAUUGAAGCUGUAAAGGAAUUUUCCAUUGCACCGGGGGCAGGAAACGAAAGCACUCUCCUAAGGCAGGAAAGACAAAUCGAAACAUGGUCGAUGGCUUCAGGUAAUUUGCAGAUAAUCGUCGGCCUCUGGGUUUGGAUUUCAAGAACAGAAUUUCUUCGUAUCAGGUGACAGCAGGUAGGAAAAAGCUUUUUUUCUUCAUCCUCAAUGUUAUCUAUCCUCUGUUCCAUUUGCAACCUUUUCUUCUGCCAUUAUCAGGAAAGAACAAUUUCAUUUCUUUGUUCAAUCGGCAGAAGGAAUAUGAAAUUCCUCCUCUGGGUUCUGGUUAUCAGCCUGGAAUUAAAAAAAAAAAAACCCUGUUCCUGGAUAUUGCUUUUUCCAGAUUUCAUCAGAACCCUCUGCAAUUGCUGGAAUUUAUCAUCACAUAUUCAUUUUCAUUGGUGUUCAUCAGAUUCCCUUUGCAGAGCUAACAUGGGAGGGAAAGAGGAAGGGAACAAAGAGGAACCAUCAUCCGUCCUAUCAAAAAGAGAGGUUUUCGACAUCUCCGGACCCCUGCAUCUCACCCAAAUCGACUGGACCAAUCUCGACCACCGAAGAUCGGUGGCCGCGUCACUAGUCCAGGGAGUGUGCGUCCUGGAAAGAGACCGCCAGCAGAAGAGGUACGGCCCCGAAGCACAAGCCACACCAUGGUGGACAUUCUUCGACUUCCAGCUCGUCAACCUCCUCCUCGACGACAACGACAAGUCCAUCUUCGGCGCCAUUUUCGAAUACAAAAAAACCACUACAACCACCAUCCCCGAUCCUCCUCCAGACGGUAGUAACAAGAAUCGUCAAAUCUCCGGUGCUCUAGUCCCUCCAGGCUUCCACCAGCACGCCCCGAUCUACACCAUCGCCUUCCGCGGGACACUAAACAAGCGCGACUCGAUCUCCCGCGACAUCGAGCUCGACCUCCUCUGCAUCCGCCACAAGCUCCACAAGAGCUCCCGGUUCCGCGUCGCGGUCCAGGCGGUCCACGACCUGAUCGCCAUCGUCGGCUCCGACAACCUCUGGCUCGCGGGCCACUCGCUGGGUUCCGCCAUCGCGCUCCUGGCGGGGAAGAAGCUGGCAAAAGGAGGGACUUUCAUCGAGACGUACCUGUUCAACCCGCCGUUCCUGUCGGCGCCGAUCGAGCGGAUCAACAACAAGACCCUGAAGCAGGGGAUCCGGUUCACGAGCGGGGUGGUCAAGGCCGGGCUCGCCGCCACGACCGAGACCCAGGACCGGAAGACCCGGAAGGAGUCCGAGUUCGCGGUGCUCGCCACGUGGAUGCCGUACAUGUUCUUGAAUCCGAGCGAUCACAUCUGUGCUGGGUACAUCGGGUAUUUCGAGCACCGGAGGAGGAUGGAAGAGAGGGGCGCGGGGAAGAUUGAGAGGAUUGCGCUGAGCAAUUCGGUUGCCGGGUUGCUGUCGGGGAGCUAUUCGGAGCCGCUGCAUUUGGUGCCGUCGGCGUACUUGACUGUGAAUUCGAGUAAUCUUGCGAGCUUUAAGAAGGCUCAUGGGAUUCAUCAAUGGUGGAACCCGGAUAAUUGUUUCUGCUCUGCUGCGUUCAAGUUUGUCAACAACACAUAAUUGAUGACAACUUUUUUGUUUUGUAGAUAAUUCUUGUAGUCUGAUUUGUUAGGGGGAAUUGAUGGUUUCAGUGGUUUCUCCCCCAAGAAAUGUCGAGAGAAGAGAAUCACAAAAUUCAGACACUAACCCUGCAAACAUUAAUUAAGCCAAGCAAGCUACGAAAUGAAAGAAAUUGCUAACUCUACAGCAGGCGUGACCAUGGGUUGAAGGAAAUGCUAGAACAUUUUAGGAAUUUUAGUUGCAGCAGAUCACAACCAUUUUUCAGGAUGUUUGUAAUUGCAAUUUUGUUCAUAAAAUAUAUGAUUCAUCGUCACAUACACCUAUGGUUUUCCACCCCUCUUGAUACACUACAAAAAAGGUUGAGAUUGAGACUACUUCUUGGCUUCUUGCUAUUGUUUUUUGUAAGUUUCUUUCGAUUCUCCUACUCGUACGAUUAUCAUUUUAUUGACACAUAUUUAGUGUCACUGCAAUGAAAUUUCACUCAUUCAUAAAAAGAUCGCGACGUUAUCAUUAAUAGAGGACUCGAGGAACCACAUCGAAGAUAAGUCCACUACCUAUAAAGAAUUACAAUUGUU